GGGAAGAGCUGCUGGCCCCCCUCACCCCUCCUUGCUUGUCUCCACAGCCCAGCCCAGAAACUUGUGUUCAACAGAGUGAAUGGCAAGAGGCCACAGGUGCUGCUGCAUCAGGUCUCAGCUCCUGAGGAGUGCUACACCCUGGCCCAUGAGGAGAACGUCCGCUUCAUCUAUGAAGCCUGGCAGCAGGUAGAGCAGCAGCUGGACGGCAGCCGGAGCGGGGACAGCGCCUGCGGCCCUGUGCAGUACGUGGAGAAAACCCCCAACCCCGGGCUCAAAAACUUUGUUCCCAUUGACCUGGAGGAGUGGUGGGCACAGCAAUUUCUGGCCAAAAUCGAGAACUGCUCAUAAAAGGGAAGAAAAGGUCGCAUUUGGUCUCUUUUUAAGAGAAACGAAGCUGUGAGCACCUGGUCGGAGCCCAGAGUCGGUGGCGUUUUCCACCCACGUUUUUAAGAUGCCCGGAUUGGAGUGACCCCCGGGACCGGACCACAGCCAUGCCCGGCCACGUGCCUUCCCCAUGCCUGGAGGAGGAGCAGCCUGUGGCCCCAGCCAGGAUUCCUUAAGUGCCAGUUCUCGGACCGCUGCAGCUCCUGCAGCCUCCAGCUCCCAGGGACACUUUAGUGCCGUGCUGGGGGCGAGGGAGUGGAUCCCCCCUGCAGCCCAGGCCACGGGGAGGACAGCGGGGGGCUGUAGCAGGACCGCCUGACAAUAAAGCGCUGAAACUGCC